AGUGAAGCGUAUGGCUUGUGCCGAGUGCAGGGCGGGGAGAGGCUGAGGAAGGAACUCGCCAGUCCCCCCCCGUCCCCCCUCCCCACAUUGUGGACUUUCACCUCACACAGUCCACACCCGGCAAGCUCGCUCCGUGCUGUAGUCCUCCAGCGGGGUGCACGGAGGAUGCGCUGGAGGUCCUGCACCCUGCGCCUCCUCGCCCUGAGCCUGGCCGCCCUGCUCUGCACUCACUUCUCCGCUGAGCUCAAGCGCAAAUCGCUACCCCAGCCAGGGCUGCUUGUCCAAGUGCCACCCAAGGAGCCGGGGGCAGAGGUGUACAACCGGAGACUGGAGGAGGUGCCCAGCAAGAGGCAGGUGAUCUAUGUGAGAAGGAGCAGCAAGGGUGCAAGCCCGGGGAGGACCGCCGGUGUGCGCAGGAGGGACACUCUGCAGCCUGUACGCUGGCAUAUUGACCUGCAACCCUGGGCUGGUCCCUCACGUUCACUUGAAGAAGAAGCGAGACGAUUCCUACACUAUAUCACAAAAGCUCAGAUUACGUGUUCUGGCUUGGUGACCAAUGGAGUGACAGAUAAGAAAGUAGACAAUCUGAAGCCCUGGACAGUCUGCCUGGAUAACAAAUUCAGUUUAGCACACCAGAUCAGAAGUAAGCAAUGUCGUGUCUACUCUUUGGGAUUAGGUAAAGAUGACAACAUAUUUGAAUUUAACAUGGCUUCUGGAGGGUGUGAAGUCCAUCGGUUUGAUCCAAGCAUCCCAUCUGCUUACAUCCAUGAAGCAGAGCGGUUCAGGCAUCAUCGUCUGUCUGUUGAUUGGAGAGAUCCCAAACCAGCCAUAGCUCCACAUAGAUUACAUAGUAAUACUAAGAAGCUGAAGACCAUUCUGAAUGAGUUUGGACAUUGGAAGAUUGAUGUCCUUAAAGCAGACAUGGAAAGCGCAGAGUGGAAGAUCUUGGAAAAUAUUAUCCUAGAGGGCAUUGUUGAGCAGAUCGGACAACUUGUUUUGGAGAUCCAUCUCCACUGGCCUGGGUUUGAAGUCAGUGGAAAUGACAGCAGUGUUGUCAGAUACUGGUAUAGCUUAUUCAAAGAGCUUGAGUACAAGAACUUUAGACUUUUUCAUACAUACAAGGACAUCUCUAAACCACAAAUGUUCCUUAAAAAAGAGAUUUUCAAUGCAAGCAGUUGCUAUAUACUGAGCUGGGUAAAUACCAGGUGGACAUGACACAAAGAUAUGUGACCUGCACAGAAUUAAACUUGUUCUCAAUAUGAUGCUUGAUGAAGGAAGUGAGGAAUAAGGACUUGCAUUUUGUGAAAUGAGCAACGUCUACGCUGCACAAUGUUCUCGAUAAUGCUCAUCAGCUAACUUGUAUUUGCCAGAGAAUUGGAUAUUUUAAAUGAAGAAUUUUAAAGCUCUUCCUGCUGGUAAAAUGAUGCUCCAGGUAUUGGCAGAUGUAGAAUUCCAAAUCUCUCUUAAUAGUAUAUUUUAUAAAAAAUAUUCUGCUUUUAGCUGGAAGCUGUCGAUUUAAAAAAAAUAAUAAUUUAAAAAGGUAGACAAAACAUAAAUGCCAAGGUUUCCAAAUCUUAAUUUUAGAAAUCAAUGGAUUUUAAAAUGCCUUAAUAAGAAAUCCUGUAUUUAAGGGUUAAUGCACACAAAUGUAUUUUUCUUCAUGUCCAUUCCGUUUUGUUCAGUUUUGUUUUUGGAGCCGCAAAAAACUGAAAUGACUGUGUGCAUUCCAUAUUCACAUGGCCGUUCCGCAAAAAUGACAGACAAGGCUAGGAAUGUUCUAUUAGGGGCCGGCCAUUCUGUUCCGCAAAAACAUUUUUGUGGCAAGUUUUUAAGCAGUUGCUUGAGUCGAAGCCAGAAUUUGUUCCAACAUUCCUCAUUCCUUUCAAACCCACUUUGAUUUAAAAAAAAAAAAAAACCUGCAUCAAAACUGCCACAAAACGUUAUGUGCGACACCAUCCUUAAAGGGGUUUUGUCAUCAGAAAGAAGAUAACCUGCCCAGAAAGUGGCUGAUUUUACAAGACAACCAUUCACAUGAAUUGACAUACCUGUAAUGCAAGUCUGCCAAAAUUGCAGACUCAAAGACAGUCCAUAGAGGGAAAUCCCAAAUCGAUAGGGCAAAUUAGUAGAGCUUUUCAAAGUCCCUCACCAAUCGAGGGUCUAACACAGGGAUCAUCAACGUCUGGCACUACAACUCCCAGAAUCCUCUUUUCACUUCUAUGAGAGUUACAAGGACAGCUGAAUAGGUGUGCAUGCUGGGAGUUGUAGUUUCACAGCAGCUGGAGUGCCAAAGGUUGCUGAUCCCUGAUCUAGCACAUCCAGACUUGCUGUUGUUUUUGGCCACAGACUGCAGCUGAUCUCACUGGUAUUCUUGGAGACGGGACACUUUGUAGUCUGUAUAAUUUUUAUGGAUUCUUCCAACAAAAUGGUAUAAAAGAGAACCACUGAAAUGUCAUUUGUAGCACUGGUUACUGCAUUCUCAAGAACAUUGGUUAAUCUAACAGAAUAUCACCAUAUAUAAUGAAAGCACAUUCAAUGUUCUCUGCUUCUAGCUAAUGCCUCGUUUAGAUCUGUGCUGCCCCCUGCAGGAUCUAUAAAAGUAGUACCUUACACAAUUUAAUUCAGUCUGUGCAAUGCAAUUUUAAACAACCUGUAUAAAUAUGGACCUGAAGGAGAAAUUAAAUCAAUAAUUUGUGUAGUCUUUAACAGCAAAUCAAUUUCAGUU